CUCAUACUGUACAUGCAUUGAGGAGCCACAAACACUCCAUAUCUGUCCACGCGCAGCUGGAGUGACAUUUUGGUUACAUUUGUUGACUUUAGACUCUUCGGCUUUCACUUUUUAAAGUUUGAGACCGCAGUUUCAGUAGUUGAAAAGAUGUAAUUUGUUAUGUGAAUUUUAAUGUAUUUGAAUCUAAGAAAGCAGCACAGCUGAAUUACAUUUAAUUCAUGUAUUUUUAUUUUAUUUGUGUUCCCUUUUCAUGCGGCAAAUGACAGCGCGGCGCAGCCAUAGAUAAGCGCUCUGUACUUUUAAAUACACUGGGGGAUUGUACUGUGUACUGUACCCGAGGUGGAAAUCUGGAUUAACAGAUGAACUGCAAUGGCUAACUAACGCGUUCCUCUUUGGGACUAUACUGCGUGUGCGACGGAUUUACAGUGUCUGGUCCAUCAGAAAACUCCCGAUAUGAAGAUGGUAGUGUGUGGAUGCUGCGCGGCGUCCUGGAAGAGAUGUGUAGUUGUGUGUCUCAGAUUUCUGUUCCUUCUUCCCGCAGGUCUACCUGUCCGCAGUCAAGGACAAUCCCAGUCUGAUAACAAACAGAUGGACAAUAUCACCGUCAGACAAGGAGAGACGGUCUUCCUCAGUUGCUCACAAGGGGACUUUGUGACACACACAGCAUGGCUGAACAGAUCAAGUAUACUGUACGCAGGAGAGGAUAAGUGGUCCGUAGACCCCAGGGUGAGCUUGGUUACUUUCAACCAGGACGAGUUCACCAUCAAGAUCGAGGAUGUGGACUUGACGGAUGAAGGCCAGUACAUCUGCGCAGUGCAGACUAUCAGCAGACCCCGAACCACAUCGGUGCACCUGAUCGUUCAAGUUCCUCCAAAGAUUGUGAACUUGUCAAAGGAUCUGGUGUUGAACGAAGGCUCCAAUGUCACAUUGAUGUGUCUGGCCAGUGGCAGACCAGAACCUGCCAUCGUUUGGAGAAUGAUAUCACCUUCAGAUGAUGGCCUCAGCUCAGACACUGAGGUUCUGGAGAUUCCCUUCAUCACCAAACAGAGAGCGGGAACUUACGAGUGCACCGCAGCUAACGACAUUGCUGUGGACACACAGACAGUUGAACUCACGGUCAACUAUCCUCCUAGUGUUUCAGAGGGCAGGGAUGUUGGCGUGACCCUGGGUCAGAGAGGCGUCCUGGAGUGUGAGGCAGAUGCUGUACCCGAGGCAGAUUUUGAGUGGUACAGAGAUGACAGGAGGAUCUUCAGUAGCUUUGAUGGUAUUGAGAUUGAGAAUGCCGGAGCACUUUCAAAGCUGACUUUCUUUAACGUGUCCGAGGCAGACUACGGCAAUUACACUUGUGUUGCUAUCAAUAAACUUGGGAGUGCCAACACAAACAUCGUCCUAUACGAAAUAAUUGAACCCACUAGUUCGACGCUAUUGCAAGUGGAGACUGCUUCUGUUUUACAAAUGACUUCAUCUGAUUUAGAGCAAACAGCCUUUGAAAACAAUGAGUUUUGGGAAGGGCCCGGAGCAGUUCAGGACGGCAACAGUGGCACUUCAACGAUGUUCACACCCACCUGUCUACUUCUCAUCGUUGUUCUACAAUUGUUGCUCAAGUUUUGAUGGUGAAGUCACAAAUCAUGCAUGGGUUACCGAAAAUGCCCAAAAUGCGCAUGGGAUACCCAAGUACUUCCUUUUAAUUAUCAUGAUUAUUUGUUUUGUUUAUAAUAGAGGUUAAUAAUGUAACUUCUCUUACAUUGCUACUUAUCACACUGUUUUGCCCACCGAAUACAGUUUUGUAUUCACUAAAAGGAAACUGCAAAGAGGCAUGUCUAAUUUUAAAUAUUUAACUUAAUUUAUUUUUGUGACUGUCAUUUUAAUUUAACUCUGUAACCCCAUAAGAAUCCAUAGAAUACUGUGUGAUAGGGAAGUACUUAUUUCAAGUCAAAGGCAUGCGAUAACAAGGGCACAUGUCUUUGUUUAUGGAUUGUCGUUAUAUUUUUACUAUAUCAUAACUGUACAGCCAAACACAAUAAGCAGCAAAAACACACACAACAGUUUAAAUGCUCUGUAAUAUUCACUUCAUGUGUGUUAUGAAUACUUUGUUCUAAGCUCUAUUUUAGUAUUUAAAGGGAUAGCUCACCCAAAAAUUAAAUAAAUAAAAAUGUAUUCGUGCUCCCAUUGUUCCAAACCUGUAUAACUUACUUUUUAACUUUGUGGAACACAAAAGGAGAUUUUUGGCAGAAUGUUAGUCUCAGUCAACAUUCACUUUCAUUGCAAUUUUUUUCCCCAUAAAAUGAAAGUGAAUGGUGACUGAGGCCAACUUUGUGUCUAACUUUUGUAUUUCAUGGAGGAAAGAAAGUCAUAUAGGUUUGAAACAACAUGAGGGUGAGUAAAUGAUGACAGAAUUUGCAUUUCUAGGUGAACUGUCCCUUUAACACAUAAACUGAAAACAGUAUUCUGUGGUACAUGUCAGUAUGUUUUAAUUUUGUAUUAUAUUUUAAAGCUGAAGUAUGUAAUUUCUGCACCACUAGCGCCACCAAACGGAAUUGCAAAAAUAAACAUUGUUUUUAAAACAG